GUUCUUGUCCCGGAAGUGACGCAAGGCUGUGGCCGGGCGGCCUCCGAAUGCCCGCUUCCUCUCUUGCUGUGGUUCCCUGUUGUAGGUGGUUGUGAGCACCGUGCACAGAGGGAGGCAGCCGUGGCGAAUGAUGCCUGGGAAACUCCUCUGGGGGGACAUUAUGGAGCUGGAGGCACCCUUGGAGGAGACCGAGAGCCAGAAGGAGGAGAGGCAAAAGAGUGAUAGAAUGAAGUCAAGGUACCAUUAUGACUCAGAUGAGAAAUCAGGAAUAAGAGAAAAUGGUGUUGCAGAUGACCUGGAAGCUCCCAAGCCCAAAAAAACUAAAAUGAAAGAGAAGCUAAAUGGAGACACUGAAGAAGAGUGUACUAGACUUUCAGAUGAAUUUUCUAAAUCUCGUAAGUCAAGAAGAAAAGACCUGUCAAAUGGAGAUAUUGAUAAAUAUAAAGAAAAAUCAAAGCGACUGUCAUCCUUAGGUAGUUCUACUCAUAAAUCAAGUGAUAAUAAACCAGAGGAGACUGUAACUUGUGAACAGAAAGAAGGAGACUUCUCCAAUUUCCCUAUUUCUGAAGAGACUAUAAAGCUUCUGAAAGGUCGAGGGGUAACAUAUCUCUUUCCUAUUCAAGUUAAGACUUUUGGUCCUGUUUAUGAAGGAAAAGAUUUAAUUGCUCAAGCACGGACAGGAACAGGAAAGACAUUCUCUUUUGCCAUCCCCUUGAUUGAAAGACUCCAAAGAAAUCAAGAGACUAUUAGAAAAAGCCGCUCACCAAAGGUACUUGUUUUGGCUCCUACAAGGGAACUGGCAAACCAAGUAGCCAAAGACUUCAAAGAUAUAACUAGGAAACUCAGCGUGGCGUGUUUUUAUGGUGGAACAUCUUAUCAAAGCCAAAUCAGUCAUAUUCGAAAUGGCAUUGACAUCUUGGUUGGGACACCUGGUCGUAUCAAAGACCAUCUGCAGAGCGGCCGAUUAGAUCUUUCUAAACUGCGCCACGUUGUGCUUGAUGAAGUGGAUCAAAUGUUAGAUUUAGGUUUUGCUGAACAAGUUGAAGAUAUUAUCCAUAAAUCCUACAAAACUGAUUCUGAAGACAAUCCUCAGACUUUACUUUUUUCUGCAACUUGCCCACAGUGGGUAUACAAAGUUGCAAAAAAAUACAUGAAAUCCAGAUAUGAACAGGUUGACCUUGUUGGAAAAAUGACUCAAAAGGCUGCAACUACUGUGGAACAUUUGGCCAUCCAGUGCCAUUGGUCUCAGAGGCCAGCAGUCAUUGGAGAUGUCCUUCAAGUCUACAGUGGGUCUGAAGGGAGGGCUAUUAUUUUCUGUGAGACCAAAAAGAAUGUAACUGAAAUGGCCAUGAAUCCACACAUAAAACAGAAUGCCCAGUGUUUACAUGGGGACAUUGCACAGUCACAAAGGGAAAUUACACUGAAAGGCUUCAGAGAAGGUAGCUUUAAAGUUUUGGUGGCCACCAAUGUGGCUGCCCGUGGUUUGGACAUUCCUGAGGUUGACCUGGUGAUUCAAAGUUCUCCUCCACAGGAUGUUGAGUCCUACAUUCAUCGCUCUGGGCGCACAGGUAGAGCUGGUCGGACAGGGAUUUGCAUAUGUUUUUAUCAGCCAAGAGAAAGAGGCCAACUAAGAUAUGUGGAACAAAAAGCAGGAAUUACUUUUAAACGUGUAGGUGUUCCUUCUACAAUGGAUUUAGUUAAAUCUAAAAGCAUGGAUGCCAUCAGGUCUCUGGCUUCCGUUUCUUACGAUGCUGUUGAUUUUUUCCGGCCAUCAGCUCAGAGACUGAUAGAUGAGAAGGGGGCAGUGGAUGCCUUGGCUGCAGCAUUAGCCCACAUCUCUGGUGCAUCAAGUUUUGAACCACGAUCUUUGAUCACCUCUGAUAAGGGGUUUGUGACCAUGACUCUGGAGAGCCCAGAAGAAAUACAGAAUGUCAGCUGUGCUUGGAAAGAACUUAACAGGAAGCUGAGUAGUAAUGCUGUGUCCCAGGUUACCAGAAUGUGCCCCCUAAAAGGAAAUAUGGGUGUUUGCUUUGAUGUUCCCACAACCGAGUCUGAAAAGUUACAGGCAGAGUGGCAUGAUUCAGACUGGAUACUCUCAGUGCCCACCAAGUUACCUGAAAUUGAAGAAUAUUAUGAUGGAAACACAUUUUCUAAUUCCAGACAGAGGAGUGGCUGGUCAAGUGGCCGGUUGGGCAGGUUGGGCUGGUCAGGUGGUCGAUUUGGUGGCCGGUCAGGUAGACAGAAUCGACAGGGCAGUCAGUCAGGAAGUCGACAAGAUAGUAGAAGACGAAGUGGGAAUAGAAAUCGAUCAAGAAGUGGGGGCCACAAACGGAGUUUUGACUGAGUAUUUGAUAGUUAAUCUACCAGUGUGAGCUUGCCUAUUUCUACCUAAUCAUGUACAUUGGCCACCAAAACUUAGGUUAUCAUAGUUGAGAUAUGUGUUUGCUACUUGCAAAAAAGUCGGUCGUAUUUUUUUAAGAAGUAUUUCACAAGAAUGGUUGUAAAAAAAUCUCACGCACUUAUACCUUUGAAUAAAAAACUUCCUUUUAUUGUCUCUUUUCA